GCAACAGCUUCGCAACAUGGAUAUUCUCAAGCUGCUCUCGAGGUCGACCAAGCAGACUACGAGAACCAGAAAAGAUGCGCCGUCAACCAAAUUGCCAUCCGCUGGCACCUCUGCGAACCCUCAACUGUUCUACGAUGCGAUACCAGAAGCUCGAGGAAAGAAAAGAAAGCGUGGCAGAGAAACAGAGCAAGUUCAGGCGCAGGAUGAAGCGGAAAGUAACGUAAACUUCUUCGAGGAAAAGGCGUCUGUGUCGAAGGAAAAGAAAUCUCCUGCUCCAAAGCUUGCCACGAAGUCAGAGUCGAAGACCGACAUUGUAGCAGAAUUACUUGAUGAAGGAGAAUGUCGCCAACUCCUGCGAUCCCACAGAUUGAAGGCUACUCUCCUGCCGUCGAACAAGCCAGCCAAAGUGAUCAAGAAGUCCAAAAAGAAGAAGAAGGCCGUGGAAUCAACAAAGAAGGAGGAAUACAAACAGAUAUAUCCCCAACCGUUAGUCGCAUUCAAGGAUUUACGGAGCACCUAUGGGAUCUCUGGUCGCAUGGCAGAGAACCUGGUACAGCAAGGAUACAAGAUUCCAACAGAAGUACAAAUGGGAAGCUUGCCACUUCUGCUGCGGCCGAAGAUUGCCUUGGGAGAGUCCAUCAACGAGGUGGAGGAUGCCAAUGGAGAGAUCCAUGUUGAUUUACUAGCUGUGGCACCUACUGGAAGUGGGAAAACCUUGGCUUUCUUGAUACCAAUUGUGGAUCAGAUCAUGCAACGAAGAAGAGCCAGCGAGGCUAAAGAACAUGUCCUUGAAGCUAUCGUCGUAGCACCGACCAAAGAACUGGCUACACAGAUUGUCAACGAAGCGAAGAAACUGAGUCCGGGGACUGGAGUAAAAGUUGUGGGGAUGCGUAAAGGUAUGAGGAUCACAAAAGAGGAUGAUCAGGAACAGGACGAGAGUUCAGGUGACGAGGGAGAAGACGAAGAAGAUGAUGAUGGAGAAGAUGCUGAGAAGCCCAGGAAGAGGACGUCACAACCUGCUGUGAAAGCUGAUAUUAUGGUCUCAACUCCUGGCCUUCUCUUCAGUGCUUUGUCAACGGACUUGGCCCAGCCUGCAUCAUUGCCGACAACUCGCACGCUUGUCCUCGACGAAGCAGACGUUCUCCUUGAUCCCCUAUUUCGAGACCAAACACUUGGAGUCUGGAACUCGUGCACGAAUCCUGAGCUUCGUGUCACGCUGUGGUCUGCGACUAUGGGUUCGAACAUAGAAUCACUUGCCUCAUCUACCAUUCAGUCUCGUCGCUCACGCCUUGACCUAGCACCUACAUCCCAUAUCAUCCGACUCGUAGUUGGACUCAAAGAUUCCGCCAUUCCCAAUAUUACCCACCGUUUAGUCUAUGCAGCUACGGAGCCUGGAAAAUUGAUCGCUCUACGACAACUACUCCAUCCGACUGCGAAGUCUACUGAUGCAACACAAUCACUUCGUCCUCCUUUUCUAGUCUUCACACAAACUAUUCCCCGCGCAGUGGCUUUACACUCCGAACUCCUCUACGACAUCCCUUCAGAAGCAGGCGGCUCUACCCGUAUUGCUGUCCUCCAUGCCGAGCUCUCGGAUACCGCUCGCUCGACGAUCAUGACCCGGUUCCGAAACGGCGAGAUCUGGAUCUUGAUCACUACCGAUAUUUUGUCCCGUGGUGUCGACUUCCGCGGUAUAAACGGAGUAGUGAAUUACGACGUGCCAAAUUCAGGAGCAGCGUACAUCCAUCGUGUUGGGCGUACUGGACGAGCCGGUAGGGAGGGAGGAGUAGCUGUCACAUUCUAUACGAAGGAAGACAUUCCAUACGUGAAAGCGGUCGCGAAUAUCAUUGCUGCGAGUGAAAAGGCUGCUGGAAAAGGAGAGAGUGAGGCAGGCAUGAAGAGAUGGUUGCUAGAUGCACUGCCAACGCCGAGCAAGCAGGAGAAGAAGAAACUGAAGCUACACGGCGUUGAGGCUAGGAGGGGUGGAUUAGGAGAAAAGAAUAAAGAGGGAAAUGUCAAGGGAAAAUGGAAAUCGCAGAUUAGUACGAAGAGUGGAUAUGAGCGGAAGUUGGAGCAUAACAGGAAGGGAGCUAUUCAGGGGAGUAGAAGAAGGAUGUUGGAGGCUGAGAAGGAAGAACAGAAUGGUGAAGACAGUGAAUGGGGUGGGAUUGAUGAGUAAAUACAGGAUGUUUGUCGUUGAUUGGAUCAGCAGGCGCAAUCGUGGUACCCAUUUCGUUAUUCUGCC